AUGAAGCUUUUAUCUUGGAACGUUAGGGAGUUAGGUAGAACUGGUAAAUGUAGGAAAAUCAAGCAGGUGCUUAAGGAGAGGAAGAUAGAUAUGGCUCUCUUGCAAGAGACCAAAAAAGAGGUGAUUAAUUCAGAGCUGGUGCAAUCUGUUUGGGCUGGGAAAAAAAUGGAGUUUGUGUCAGUUGAUUCAAUAGGGUCUGCUGGUGGGCUUCUUUGUAUCUGGAAUCCUGAAGUUUUUCAGCUUAAGAAUUGCUGUUGCAAUCGCAAUUUUAUUAUCCUGGCAGGUUCGAUCUUUUUUUCUUUUAAUUGUGUAAUUGUUAAUGUUUAUGGGCCAAAUGAUCCGGUAGGAAGGAAAAGGGUGUGGGAUAUUCUUGUGAAUCUUAAAUCACAAUUCUUGGAUCCAUGGUGCUUGGGGGGUGAUUUUAAUGAGAUUAAAAGCAUUUCUGAAAGAAAAGGGUGUUCUAGGAGGGAUAAGGGGAUGAGGGAGUUCAAUGAAAUGAUAGAACAAUUAGAGGUAUUUGAUCCACCUAUGUGUGGAAGGAAGUUUACUUGGUGUCAUUCACAAGAGGGUGAUAGAUGGAGUAGGCUUGACAGAUUCUUAUUAAAUCCAGAAUGGGUGCAGACAUUCAAUUUCAAGCUUUGGGGUUUACCUAGACUGGUCUCUGACCAUUGCCCUAUUGUUUUGAUGGAGGAUGAGAGGGAUUGGGGGCCUAGACCAUUCAAGUUUAUAAGUGCUUGGUUUAUGCAUCCAAAAUUCUUGUCAUUUGUGGAACAAACAUGGGCUGCUCUAAAUGUGAUGGGUUGGGCUAGAUUCAGAUGUUUAGUCAAAUUCAAAGGGUUAAAAUCAACUUUGAAGAGGUGGAAUAAUGAGGUGUUUGGAAAUGUGAAGAGCAAGCUUAAAGCUACAGAGAACGAAGUUCAUGCACUUGAUAUAGUGGCUGAAGUAAGGGCUUUGUCUGCAGAUGAAGUAGCUAGGAAAAGAGAACUGAAAGGUGAUGCUUGGAAAUUAAGUACAAUGCUGGAGAGAAUGUGGUUCCAAAAAUCUAGACUUAAAUGGGCAUUAUUGGGUGAUAGAAAUACCUCAUUUUUCCAUGCUAUGGCCAGAUGUAGAAGUAAUAGAAUUGCCUUAUGCUCUAUUUUGGUGGGUGGAAAUACUGUAGAAGAGCCAAUAGUUAUUAAGGAUGAGGUCUUGAAACACUUUACCAACAUGUUUGAGGAGCCUUUGAGGGUUUGGCCCACCUGA